AUGCGCGGCAUCCAAAUCACCGAAUACCUCAAGGGCCCUGAACAGCUCCAGGUCUCAGAUCUCCCCGAUCCCAAGCCCACAGACAAUGAAUAUCUCAUCCAAGUCCACGCCGCCGCCGCCAACUUCUUCGACAUCUUACAAAUCCAAGGAAAAUAUCAAAACCAACCUCCUUUUCCCUGGAUAGCCGGCGCCGAAUUCGCAGGUACUGUCAUCGCCACACCCAAGAGCUCCAACCCCAAGUUUCCCGUUGGAUCGCGAGUCUUUGGCGCAUCCCAGGGCGCUUUUGCGACAAAGAUCAAGGCGAAAGAAGAGACACUCCUGCCUGUCCCCGAUGGUUGGUCGUUCAAGGAGGCGGCUGGUCUGUUUGUUACUGCGCCUACAAGUUAUGGCGCUUUGGUUGUGAGAGCGGGCGUCAAGAAGGGCGAUUACGUGCUUGUCCAUGCUGCAGCUGGUGGUGUUGGUCUUGCAGCCGUUCAAGUGGCCAAGGCUUUUGGCGCGACUGUUAUCGCGACAGCCUCUACACAGCACAAACUCGACAUUGCAAAGUCUUAUGGCGCCGACCAUGUCAUCUCUUACAACGAUGCUACAUGGCCCGCUAAGGUCAAGGCUUUGACUCCCAAGUCCCGUGGAGUCGACAUCGUCUACGACCCCGUCGGUCUAAUCGACCUUUCUACAAAGUGCACAGCCUGGAACGGUCGAAUUCUUGUUAUCGGCUUCGCAGCUGGCAAGAUCGAAAAGGUUGCCAUGAACAAGGUUCUCCUCAAGAACAUCUCUAUCGUUGGACUUCACUGGGGUGCUUAUUCUAUUCACGAGAGGGAGACGAUACCCAAGGUGUGGAAUGGCAUCAUGGAUCUUGUUAAGCAGGGUAAGCUCAGGGGUACUGAGUAUACCGAUGAGGAGUUUGUUGGUCUUGAGAGGACUGGGGCCGCGCUGAAGGCUCUUGGUGGCCGGGGGACUUGGGGUAAGGUCGUUAUUAAGAUACCUGAGGAGGGACAGAGCAAGCUAUAG